UGGGCAAAUAACCCGAGAACCGAACAACCGAAUGGAAACCGAUCCGAUAAAACCGGUUUGGUUCGGUCUCGGUUCUUCUAAAUUAAUCAUACGGUUUAUGUUUUGGUGGUGGGAUGGUUGUCGGUUCGGUUCGGGUGAAAACCGAACACCAUUUGAUUGGAACCGACACCGAAGAUCAUCGAGCAGACAUAACACAAUCCCUAAUCCCCUUUUGUUUCCCUCUUUCGAUUUCAUCGCGAUUUGCCAAGAUCCUCUCCAAAAAAUCACAACCCAACCUUUCCCAAAUCUCAACUUCCGUAUAUCCUUUCCAUAACCCGAAAAUACAAAAUCUUCGAUGAAACCCUUAAUCCAUCUCUUAUAUAAACAUAUGUGUAUCGUUAGGUUUCACAAUCCAUUCCACCUCUUUAAGCCGAAAGUAAUCAAUCCGAGGUGCUUAGUUUUCUUAGCUUUUCAAUUGUAGAAUCGGGUUUUAAACUUUUGCUUUUUAGUCUUAAUCUUAUAGUGUUUCAAUUUUGAUUUUAGACACGCAUGUUCUUAGUUUUCUUUGAGUAUCAAUAAGUUAUUUUCUUAUUGUAGUUUGUGUAAUGAGUAUUAACUAUUAAGCUCUGUGAUGUUAGUUCUUUGAGCUUAGUUCUUCUACUGUUUCUUUCUUCUAGUUGUUGCUUGUUUUCUUUUUUCUUCAAUCGCGUCUGUCAAGCUAAUAACAAUUCUUCUUUUUCUUGCAGAUGGCAUCCUCAUCAUUCAAUAACCAACAAACUGAUGUUGCAAUGGAAUGUGAAGACCAAGAGUACCAAGAGACAAGUGCUUAUCCAAAUGUAACAUCGGGAGAAGCCUCUCAGGCGAACAAAGGGAAGAAGCUGGUUGUGCCAAGGUCGCAAGUGUGGGAGCAUUUCACCAGAACCAAAGAGACCCGAGACAAGUGUACUUGUCACCACUGCCACAAGAUAUUUUCUUGUGCAUCGAAGUCGGGAACUUCUAACCUGAAGCAGCAUCUGAACAUCUGCAAAGAACACCAAUCAUGGUUGUCUGGUCAGACAAAGAAUCAACAAAAGAUUGGUAAAGAAGGAAAUCUGAAGCUAUCUAGAGUUUCAGAGACGGUUUUCAAAGAAGCGUGUAAUGAAUUGGUGGUAUUGGCAGAGUUGCCACUUGCAUUCAUUGAAAGUAAAGCUUUCAAACACUUCUGUGAUAAGGUUAACCUCUAUCAACCUCACUCAAGAAGGACUGCGACCAGGAACAUUGUCGAGAUGUUUGUCAAGAAGAAAGCUGCAUUGAAGAACUUACUCCAAACAAGCAAACAAAGGGUUUCCCUUACCACUGAUAUUUGGACUGCUCAAGUGACAGGUGCAAGCUACAUGGUUAUCACAGCACAUUUCAUUGACCAAUCGUGGCAGCUCAACAAGUUGAUCAUUGGCUUCAAGUAUGUGGUCGAUCACAAAGGUCAGACCAUUGCUAAUGUUCUUUUAGCCUGUUUAGAAGACUGGGGAAUUGAGAAGUUGUUCUGCAUCACGAGUUCGAGGCUCACAACCUUGGUGACUGAAGUCUGGGUUUUGAAGUUUGAUGCUUGAAGAUUGAAGUUUCAAGUGUUAACGUUUUAUUUUUCUUCUUUUCAUUGAAUAAUGUUGGCUUUUGUUUGGUUUUGGAUCAUGAAUCUUGUUUGGUUUUCAUUUCAUUGAAUAAUAUUGGCUUUUGUUUGGUUUUGAAUUCAAUAAAGUUAUAUGUUUGGUUUU